UUUGACAAGUGACGUAAAAUUCUGACGAGCAUAUUUUUAUUUAUCAAUAAAGAUGUUUAAUUUCUGAUGUGGCCAAAACACUAGAUUUGUAGUCAUUUCAAAAAUUGAAUCUUUUGUUUUUUUACGAAUGAAUCGUAAGAUGUCCUGAUAACAAAGAUUUAGGACCAAAAUGGCAUAUCAGAGCUUACGAAAUGAAUACAUGAAUAUGCCCCCGGUUACGAGGGCAUACACAACUGCAUGUGUUAUCACUACCUUAGGAGUGCAACUAGAACUGGCAUCUCCUUUCCAAUUGUACUUCAAUCCAAUUUUAAUAUUGAAGCAGGGCCAAGUAUGGCGAUUAAUAACAACAUUCCUUUUCUUUGGAACAUUUGGUUUCAACUUCUUUUUCAACAUGAUUUUCACCUAUAGAUAUUGCAGGAUGUUGGAAGAAGGAUCAUUCCGAAAUAGGACUGCAGAUUUCGUGUUGAUGUUUCUUUUUGGAGCAGUGUGUAUGAUU